AUGGCUUCACGCGGCUAUGUCGAUCCCAACUGGCCUCCCCCAGGCGGUGACGGCAACACCUCAGUCAUAAUCUACGGCUACACACCUUCCUUUGCCCUCGGAGUCCUAGGAUGUGUAUUGUUCUUUGUUGCCGGCCUCGCACAUGGAUGGCAGCUACUCAAAUACCGAAGCUGGUACUUCAGUACCAUGAUGAUUGGAAUUGGCUUUGAGAUAGUUGGCUACACCUUCCGCAUUCUCUCCGCCCGUGUCAAUCCUUACAAAUUGAAUUACUUCGUAAUCCAAUACUUCUUCAUCGUUGUCGCGCCCGUCUUCUUCGCGGCGGCAAUUUAUACACUCCUCUCGCGCCUCAUCUCCGCUACGAGUCGCCAAUAUGCACCGCUGAAGCCCAAACUCAUCCUAUGGAUUUUCAUCACUUGCGACGUCGUUGCGACAAUCGUCCAGAUCUUGGGUGCAGCACUGAUUGGGGUCGCGGCAUCGAAUCGCAAAGACACGACGACGCCUAAUAACAUUCUAUUGGCGGGUCUGGCAUUCCAGGCAGCUACCUUCUUUGUUUUCAUUGUGUUGUUCGGGUUGUUUGUGGGGAGGGCGAAGCAGGUGUUGUUUAAGACUAUAGGGAAAGGGUUCUAUGCUGCAUUUUCGCUGGCUGUGGCAUUGUUCUACAUGCGCAUAUGCUUCCGGUUGGCUGAGACAGCAGAUGGAUUGUAUGGGAGACUAAACACCAAUGAGGUGUAUUUUGGCACGUUGGAGUUCAUGCCAGUUGUUCUUGCAACACUGUUGUUGUCGGCGUGGCAUCCAGGAAGGGAUGCGCCAGUCAAGAACUCCGAGGCAUUUGAGCAGCUCUUUGCAACUAAUAUACCUUUACUCGUUGGUACUUUCCCUUGCCACGUUCUUGCUCUCACUUCGUACAUCUACUUUGAUGUUGACUAUACCAUUUCGGCGACUCCUCGCUUCACCAUUUAUCAGCAUCCUACAUAA